AGUUGCAAAUUAUCAGGGACUGGUUGACUGAGGGCAGCCUGUGUUGUUGACUGGAAGUAGAUUUCCAUCUUUCAGACACUAUUUAGAAUGGGCCGUGUGUUCUGGAAGGGGGUGGAGGCCGGGAGGAGGAGAUGCUGUGAGCAGAGUUCUUGAAGCUCCACUCCUCUGGGGAAGCGGAGCUGUGAGGAACCUCUACUGAGCGGAGAGCUUGUGAAUUGGAAAGGCGCCUGAUAGCAGGCUAGUCCCAGUGCUCUCCGGAAAAGCAGUUGCUCUCGCUUCAGAGAUGCUCCCAGCCUUCGCCUGCAUCACACUGCAGUAAGUUGAACUCGACGAGAACGUGCUUUAAUACAUUAUUGAAACUACAGACUCACAACCACAGUGGUUUCAGGUUGACAGAUUGCAUAUUUUGAAAGCUUGAGGUAUACUAUCAUGAAACAUGCCAUGUGGAAUCUUUGAAGCAUAGAGUUCUACAAAACACCUGAGUAAAGAAUCCCUCAUCUGGAAUGUAAGAGAGUUCUUCACCACCACCAUGACCAACCAGGAAAAGUGGGCUCAUCUUAGCCCCUCAGAAUUUUCACAACUUCAGAAAUAUGCUGAGUAUUCUACAAAGAAAUUAAAGGAUGUUCUUGAAGAAUUCCAUGGUAAUGGUGUGCUUGCAAAGUAUAAUCCUGAAGGGAAACAAGACAUUCUUAACCAAACAAUAGAUUUUGAAGGUUUCAAGCUAUUCAUGAAGACAUUCCUGGAAGCUGAACUUCCUGAUGAUUUCACUGUACACCUUUUCAUGUCAUUUAGCAACAAGUUUCCUCAUUCUAGUCCAAUGGCAAAAAGUAAGCCUGCUCUUCUUUCAGGCGGUCUGAGAAUGAACAAAGGCGCCAUCACUCCUCCCCGUACUUCUCCUGCAAAUACAUGUUCCCCAGAAGUAAUCCAUCUGAAGGACAUAGUCUGCUACCUGUCUCUGCUUGAAAGAGGAAGGCCAGAGGACAAACUCGAAUUUAUGUUUCGCCUUUAUGACACGGAUGGGAAUGGCUUCCUGGACAGCUCGGAGCUAGAAAAUAUCAUCAGUCAGAUGAUGCAUGUUGCAGAAUACCUUGAAUGGGAUGUCACUGAACUUAAUCCAAUCCUUCAUGAAAUGAUGGAAGAAAUUGACUAUGAUCAUGAUGGAACUGUAUCUUUAGAGGAAUGGAUCCAAGGAGGGAUGACAACAAUUCCACUUCUUGUACUCCUGGGCUUGGAAAAUAAUGUGAAGGAUGACGGGCAGCACGUGUGGCGGCUCAAGCACUUUAACAAACCUGCCUACUGCAACCUCUGCCUGAAUAUGCUGAUUGGCGUCGGGAAGCAGGGCCUCUGCUGCUCCUUCUGCAAGUAUACAGUCCACGAGCGCUGUGUGGCUAGAGCACCUCCCUCUUGCAUCAAGACCUAUGUGAAGUCCAAGAAAAACACUGACGUUAUGCACCAUUACUGGGUUGAAGGCAACUGCCCAACCAAGUGUGACAAGUGCCACAAAACAGUUAAAUGUUACCAGGGCCUGACUGGACUGCAUUGUGUGUGGUGUCAGAUCACACUGCAUAAUAAAUGUGCUUCUCAUCUAAAACCUGAAUGUGACUGUGGACCAUUGAAGGACCAUAUUUUACCACCCACCACAAUCUGUCCAGUGGUACUGCAGACUCUGCCCACUUCAGGAGUUUCUGUUCCUGAGGAAAGACAAGCAACGGUGAAAAAGGACAAGUGUGGUUCCCAGCAGCCAAACAAAGUGACCACUGACAAGAGCAAAAUGCAUAGAGCCAACUCUGUUACUGUGGAUGGGCAAGGCCUGCAGAUCACUCCUGUUCCUGGUACUCAUCCACUUUUAGUUUUUGUGAACCCAAAAAGUGGUGGGAAGCAAGGAGAACGAAUUUACAGAAAAUUCCAGUAUCUACUAAAUCCUCGUCAAGUUUACAGUCUUGCUGGAAAUGGACCAAUGCCAGGGUUAAACUUUUUCCGUGAUGUUCCUGACUUCAGAGUGCUGGCCUGUGGUGGAGACGGAACUGUGGGUUGGAUUUUGGACUGCAUAGAAAAGGCCAAUUUAAUGAAGCACCCUCCAGUUGCUAUUCUGCCUCUUGGGACUGGCAAUGAUCUAGCAAGAUGCCUGCGAUGGGGAGGAGGUUAUGAAGGUGAGAAUCUGAUGAAAAUCCUAAAGGACAUUGAAAACAGCACAGAAACUAUGUUGGACAGGUGGAAGUUUGAAGUCAUACCUAAUGACAAAGAUGAAAAAGGAGACCCAGUGCCUUACAGUAUCAUCAAUAAUUACUUUUCCAUUGGCGUGGAUGCUUCCAUUGCACACAGAUUCCACAUUAUGAGAGAAAAACACCCAGAGAAGUUCAACAGUAGAAUGAAGAACAAAUUUUGGUAUUUUGAAUUCGGUACAUCUGAGACUUUUUCAGCCACCUGCAAGAAGCUACAUGAAUCUGUAGAAAUCGAAUGUGAUGGAGUACAGAUAGAUUUAAUAAACAUUUCUCUGGAAGGAAUUGCUAUUUUGAAUAUACCGAGCAUGCAUGGAGGAUCCAAUCUUUGGGGAGAGUCUAAGAAAAGACGAAGCCAUCGCAGAAUAGAGAAAAAAGGGUCUGACAAGAGGACUACGCUCACAGAUGCCAAAGAGUUGAAGUUUGCAAGUCAAGAUGUGAGUGACCAGCUGGUGGAAGUGGUUGGUUUAGAAGGCGCCAUGGAGAUGGGGCAGAUAUACACAGGACUGAAAAGUGCCGGACGGCGACUGGCUCAGUGCUCCUCUGUGGUCAUCAGGACUAGCAAGUCUCUUCCAAUGCAGAUCGAUGGAGAACCAUGGAUGCAGACCCCAUGCACGAUAAAAAUUACACACAAGAACCAAGCUCCAAUGCUGAUGGGCCCACCUCCAAAAACAGGGUUAUUCUGCUCCCUCGUCAAAAGAACAAGAAACCGAAGCAAGGAAUAAUCCUGUAUUGUUUUAGUCUUGGAAAUCUAAUUAACAUAAUUGGGCCAUGGAAUACUUAAGCUGGAAAUCUUUGAACCAUUUCAAGUCUCCUGUUCAUGCAAAAUCAUGGAAUUGGUUUAACAGUUUUUUGUUAAUGAGCUAAUGUAAAAUUCAGCUAUUAGAAAAUUUGUCUCGGUUUUUAUAGGCUUCUUUGCAUGAAGAAAGCAGAUGUUUACAUGAAGUGAUACUGCAUAUUUUUGUUGCAUGCAUUUCCAUAGAUUUUUAUGUCUCCCUCUCAUACCUCCUCCAAUUUCCAUUUACUAACCUGUGGAGAAAACCUGUGAAACAUAAAAAAAAGGAAAUACCAUGGGAAAUACGAUUCUCUCAGUGUGACUGCAGUUAGUAAUAAGCACUAAUUAGUACUACUACAAUGACCGUAAUCUUGGGUUGCUAUACUUUUCCCUUUUAGAAUCAAACAGUGGAUCAAUGAUGUUUGACCUAGGACUUGAGAAGAGAAUUUUAAUUCAAAGAUUGUAUUAAAUAGUUAUAUUGUAUCUUGCUAUACCUAAAUAGUGUUCCUUCAACAUCUUAAUGCUUUUGAGUGGAAUUUAAAGUAUCAGGUAUAACAUUUUUUUGAGCUGAAAAAUAGAAUGUAGGUGGGGUAUUACCUUUUCUUUUUUUAAACAGAUAUAAUUGGUUACUUGGCAGUUAAGUGUGGUAAUAUGAUCAGUCUUAUUCCUAAAUGCAUGUGAAUCUAGAAGAAAAUUCAAAUUCACACCAGUAACCAAAUUGAUGUUUUAAUCUAUGUGCCUAAUAAACUUUAAUUCCCACCAAAGAUUUAGCAAAAGAUGCUUGAGAGAAAUGGGUUAAUGCAUAAUUAAUUAAGCAUUGCAGGACAAAUUUAUGGUUCUUAUGAUUAAUUUGGUGAUGAUUAAAAUGCUGGAAAAGGGUAAAUUAUCCAUUAAUUAUCAUUAAAAUGCUCACCUUUCAUAGACAAUAGGUCAUACAACACAAUCACAGUGCAAUAGCUAAUUUGUUAAUUUUUUGGUCAUUUAUAAAAUAGUGUCUGUAAAUUUAGUGGAUCAGUUAAGUACACUUGAGGAAAGCAAAUGAUUGUAUCAGUUCCUUUUAGUAUAAAUUGGCACCUGUAAUAAUAUUGAACUCAUUAAAACAAAUCAUGCAUGCAAUUAGCCCCCCUCCAACCCCAGUUUCUGUGACAUUUCCAAUGUUUAUUUGGAAAUGACGGCCUAGAUCCUCAUUUAAGGUGUUCACGGCAUGGUUAGAUUCUCUGAUUGUUUAAGGAAAUCGUGCAGUUAUACUUUUCUUAACUUCUCAUUAAGUGUUUGAUAUAAGAUGGAACUCCAUUCUGAGCAGUCUUGAUAUUGUUUUUUUGUUCAUAUUGACCUGCAUCCCAUCAUUGCAUGUUUUAUGUUUUCAAACAUGCUGCAAGGAAAACAAGUGCUUGAAAUGCAUGAUUUAUUAGUUUUCUCUCUCCACUCUACAUUAAAGUGCUAAUGAUUUACCAGUUCUAUUUUACUAUUGAUUCAUUCAUCUUUGAAUAACAAAUAGCGUUUAGUGAUUCUGUUCAACACAAUCUUGUGCAUGGAUUUAUGGAUUUCAAGUGAAAUUGCUAUAAUUUUAUUUCUUUGGUUUGAAAACUCAGCUGAAUGUUGCUAUAUCAAAUAGCAACUCUCAAGCAAUGUACUAUAGUGGAAGAUUAUGUAUGAAGUGUAUUCUUUUAGUGUUCCAGGAACAUUGGAUGGUAAAUAUCAAUCAACAAUAAGUCUAAUUGCUUUAAAAAUAAAAGCUUUUCAAUAAAAUUAAGACAUAAUUUAGCAUUCCCAGGAAAAUUAUCAUUACAAUUGCAAAUUUAGCACUGCAAUCAUUUGCCCUGUUUUUUUUUUUUAAAAAAAAAGGUCAUUUAGCAGAGCAGUAAUCUAGACAACUAGACCAAAAGAAAUCUCUAACAGUUGCAAAUGCAUUACCAACAUAAUGUUACAUAGCACAUACAUUGAUUUUGUGUGCUAUGGUUACAGGUAAUACAUAUUUUCACAUUAAUUGACAAAAUUUUCUACAAUGGCCAGGCAGGCUUUAUGUCAAAAACAUAUUUUGAAGCUACGAAUUAUUUGAUGUUCAGUACCACAUAGAAUUAUUAUCUUGACUACCUUUUAUAGUAUAUAUUUCGAAGGCAGGAACAGUUUGAGAAUCAUCCUUAACAAUCUGUGCAGUGGAAAAUAAAUUAUACACCCUGCCUAUAUGACUUCAAUAAUGGAAUAAUGGGAUGCAGCCUCACCUUAAUGUGGCUAUAUAGCUAUAAUUAGUGCUAAUAGUACUUACUCACACUUUCAGUCAGUUGGAUUCAUUGGUGGCAAUAGUAAUAUGAAUCAAAUUUUACUUUCCUAAAUUCAUUUUCUAGAGAUACUGAUGUACUUGCCCUUCAGGUACACUACUCUUGGGGUUUGGAAAGUGGUUUUUAAAAACCUACUUCAAUGAUUUUGAGAUCAGAGAUGAUAUUCUUCCCAUUUAUAUGACAGCUUCAAGUGAAAGUUCUAUGGUAUAUUGAAUAAUGAAUAUUAGCUUUACAGGAUGGGAAAUUUUCUUCUUUGUGUGUGGGUGGGUGUUUGAGUUGUUGAGCCAACCUCUUUUAAAUAUAGUAGACAUAGAGUUAUAAAGUUUUUAAGUUGAUGAAUCUUUUAAGUGAAAAUUAACACUGGGCUUUUGGGGGUCAGGGGAAAAGAGGAAAAAAGUUAUCCACUCUGCUAAAUAUUGUCAUAUACUGAAUUGGUAAAUAGAGAAAGAUUCCAGAAUAAAUCUGGACAUCCUCACUUCUAAUACACAGGGGUGGAGAGACUUUUGUAAAACCAGAAAUUUCAAAAGACAAAAUAUGUUUUUCAACUUACAUGUGUAUACCAGGUGUAUUUGAUGUGAAAAAAGUGCUGGUCAAUUUAUUGCGGAGAAAGGAGAGAUAUUGGAGGAAGUGUAAUAAACAACAUUUUAAAACAUUUUUCAGUUGUAAGCAGAUCAUGUAGAGCAUAGCCAGAAUAAAGCCAAACUCUGAUAUUUAGGGUAGAUAGUCAACUACAGGCAGAAAUUUAGAUCCAGUAAGGACUAAUGAAUCACAUAUGUUUCAGCAUUUUGUUCUGUUUUCCUUUUUCAGGGGGAUGGGAAGGAAUUGCAAUUUUGAAGAAAGAAUCUGUUUUUGAAUCUCAGGCUGUAUUCUACUUGAAUGACUCAAGAUUUUUAAAACAAUUUCAUUCCUUUCUGUGUCAAACUUAAUUUGUUGUAUAUUGGUUAUGAAAAGGAAAAUGAACUUUUCAUGGCACAUAUGAUCCCCAAAGAAUGUAUUAAAGUAUAGUACAUAUAUUCAAAAUUAAAAGAUUAAACAUUUGUAAUAUAUGUUGAGGAUGUAAAAUUAAAAAUGAAUAACCUACAAAAAGAAGAACUUUCAUUGUGUGAAAGACAAAAUCACCCCUUAAAACCCUCAUUAAAUUGCAUUGUAUUUAAAUAAAGUUUGAGUAAACUCACAUUUGAAAGAUUCUGUACAUCUUUAUUAUGUUUAAAAAUAUGAAAUUCAUUUAAUUACAGUAUCCUAAAUAUUUUCUCAAAAUGUUUUAUGUGCAAUAUCCCACUUUUUGAAAUAAAACUCUUAACCACUCAGUUAAGUGUC